AGUCAAGCAAGAAAUCCUAAUUAAAUUAAGAAUAUAAAUAUUUCUCUAGAUUUUUCUUUUAUUUUAUUUCGUAUAAAAAGAGCCUUAACCUAUCGAUUUUCGACUAUUCACGAAAAUUCUUUUAUAGCCUUAAACCUUAAACUUGUCUUCUUCUUUAUAAUUUUCAUGGCCGAAUAGUUCUCUCUCUCCACUCUCUACUGAGCUUCCUUCCCUUCAGAUUUUGGAUUAGUGGGAUUGAAUAAUCUUAUGUGUUAAUGGAUACUGGUGGAAAUUCACUCGCAUCUGGUCCAGAUGGAGUGAAGAGAAAGGUCUGCUAUUUCUACGACCCAGAAGUGGGUAAUUACUAUUAUGGACAAGGUCAUCCAAUGAAGCCUCAUAGAAUCAGAAUGACCCAUGCUUUACUUGCCCACUAUGGUCUUCUUCAGAAUAUGCAGGUUCACAAACCCUACCCAGCUAGAGACAGAGACCUUUGCCGCUUUCAUGCUGAUGAUUAUGUCCACUUUUUGAGGAAUAUAACCCCUGAAACCCAACAAGACCAACUGAGGCAGCUUAAGCGUUUCAAUGUUGGUGAAGACUGUCCUGUAUUUGAUGGUCUUUACUCCUUUUGUCAGACCUAUGCUGGUGGCUCAGUUGGUGGUGCUGUUAAGUUGAAUCAUGGUCUGUGUGAUAUUGCCAUUAAUUGGGCAGGUGGGCUUCACCAUGCUAAGAAGUGUGAAGCUUCUGGGUUUUGCUAUGUCAAUGAUAUUGUUUUGGCUAUAUUGGAACUUCUUAAACAGCAUGAGCGAGUGUUGUAUGUGGACAUUGAUAUCCACCAUGGAGAUGGAGUGGAGGAAGCAUUUUACACAACUGAUAGGGUCAUGACAGUUUCAUUCCACAAAUUUGGAGAUUAUUUCCCUGGUACCGGAGACAUAGAUGAUAUUGGUUAUGCAAAGGGGAAAUACUACUCUCUUAACGUGCCACUUGAUGAUGGAAUAGACGAUGAGAGCUACCAUUUCUUGUUUAAACCAAUCAUGGGAAAAGUGAUGGAAGUUUUUAAACCCGGGGCUGUGGUUCUUCAGUGUGGUGCUGAUUCCUUAUCUGGGGACAGGCUAGGAUGCUUCAAUCUUUCUAUCAAAGGUCAUGCCGAGUGUGUCAAAUAUAUGAGAUCAUUUAAUGUACCACUGUUGCUUCUUGGUGGCGGUGGAUAUACCAUUCGAAAUGUUGCUCGGUGCUGGUGCUAUGAGACCGGAGUUGCACUAGGAGUAGAAGUUGAAGACAAAAUGCCACAGCAUGAGUACUAUGAGUACUUUGGUCCAGACUAUACUCUUCACGUUGCUCCUAGUAACAUGGAAAAUAAGAAUUCACGCCAAUCACUGGACGAAAUCCGAGCUAAGUUGCUCGACUAUCUUUCCAAGCUUCAGCAUGCACCCAGUGUCCAAUUUCACGAUAAACCUCCCGACACUGAGCUUCCAGAGGCAGAUGAAGAUCAAGAUGAUCCAGAUGAGAGAUGGGAUGACGAUUCUGACAUGGACAUUGAUGAUCGGAAACUUUUACGUUGCAGAGUAAAGCGAGAAGUUGAUAAUAACGAACUUAAGGAACAGGAGAAUCAAAAAGGAAAUGCAGAGAAUACUAAAGGCUAUGAUACUGCAGAAGAUGAUACUACAUUUCCAGGCUUAGAUGUGGGAUCUUUGGCAAUAAAUGAACCAAGUGUGAAAGUUGAGCAAGAGAAUACUAAUAAGCCAGCUGACCAGCUAUAACCCCAACAAUGGCCAAAGCUACAACCAUCUUUAGAUGCAUUAAGCUAACUCUAUGUUUUUGUGUAGGAUUAUUUCUUGUACUUAUCAAAAAGAGUUUAUAUUAGUCAAAUGGAUUAUAUGCUAAGUAAAUAGUGGAAAUGUUUUUGAUUUUUGAUUUUUGAUUUUUUGUUUUAUUUUUUUUUUUCUAAUCCAUGAAAUGAUAAGAUAAUAAUUAUGAAGUACUAGUUUAAUUUUAUAAUUUGAAAUUAUUGUUUAAAAAAUUAAUAGUGUUUUUUGUUGCUAAUAAUUAAGGGUGUGUUUUUAAUUUUUAUUAGUUGUUUUCCAAAUAAAAUAAUAAAGUUUUUUUAUUUUUAUACUUUGAAA